AUGGCGUCCCAAACGCUCAUAGGCGUAGUCCUACUAGCAGUUGUACUUUAUGCGACCAAGCUCAUACUCUUCCGCAAAGGAGCCCCUGGGCCGUUGCCUCCGGGUCCAGCAGGUAAGCCCAUUUUGGGCAACAUUGCAGAUUUGCCUGCUCCGGGGGCACAGGAUUGGGUGCAUUGGCUGAAGCACAAGGAUCUCUAUGGUCCAAUUAGUUCAAUUACGGUCAUGGGUCAGACCAUUGUAAUUCUCAAUGACAGUCGCGUUGCAAUGGAUCUCCUCGGGAAACGAUCUGCCCUUCACUCAUCGCGACCAAACCUAGUAUUUGCAUCGGAGAUGGUCGGUUGGGAGCACAUCAUGGCGAUGCAAACCUAUUCGGACCGAUUUCGCGCUUAUCGCAAGGCAAUGCAUCCUUAUCUGGGCCACGAGGCUGCUGUGGCGCAAUACAAUUCUUUGCAGGAGAUUGAGUGUCACCGACUUUUGUCACGGGUGUUGAAAGACCCGUCACAUCUGCUUCAACAUCUUCAAACUGAAGCGGGCGCGAUUAUUCUGAAAAUUGCAUAUGGAUACACGAUUGAGCCACAUAAGCUAGAUCCGUUGGUGCAUAUGGCCGGGUUGGCUCUUGAGCACUUUGCCAUUGCAGGAACCCCGGGCGCCUGGCUAGUGGAUAUGAUUCCGGCUUGUAAGAGCCUCUCCGAGAUCGAGUCGAUCGUGAUUCUAACAGAGAUAGUAAAAUAUGUGCCCUCCUGGUUCCCCGGAGCGGGUUUCAAGCGCAAGGCACAAGCAUGGAAGAAAAACCUCGAGAAUACUGCCGACAUUCCUUAUGCAUUUGUGCAACAGCGGAUGGAAAGCGAUCAAUUUGAGCCUUCAUACUUGUCAAAUCUUUUCAAGGCCGAUGGGUAUCCCGCCGCUGGUACGGAAGAAGAAACUGUCGCCAAGUGGACCGCCGCAUCACUGUACACAGGUGGUGCUGAUACUACCGUCAGCUCGCUAUCGACAUUCUUCAUGGCCAUGACUCUCUACCCAGAGGUCCAGCGUAAGGCACAAGAGGAGAUUGACCGAGUACUGGGCGCCGGUAGACUUCCCAAGAUGGCCGAUCGCGCGAGUCUUCCGUACAUCGAGGCUGUUGUAAAGGAGACAUUGCGAUGGCAUCCCGUCGCCCCGAUGGGCAUUCCGCACAUGUCUGUGGAGGAUGACAUGUACGAGGGUUAUCACAUUCCCAAGGGAUCUUUGAUCAUGCCCAAUAUCUGGGCCCUGACGCAUGACCCCGAGGUGUAUCGUGACCCGAUGACUUUCAACCCCGAACGCUUCCUGGGUAUGGAUGGCCGUGAGCCUGAAAUGGAUUCCCGCGGUGUUGUGUUCGGAUUUGGACGUCGUGCAUGCCCGGGUAAACUCUUGGCUGAUAACACGGUGUAUCUGACUGUUUCUCGGUCGCUAGCGGUCUUGAACAUCAGUCAAGCCAUUGAGAAUGGUAAGGAGGUGGACGUCAGGGCAGAAUUCCAACCCGGUGUGAUCAGCCACCCGGUUGCAUGGAAAUAUGAUAUCAAGCCCCGUAGCCCUGCACAUGAGGCCUUGAUCGUUUCAGUGGAGAAGGAACAUCCAUACGAGGAAAGUGAUGCCGCCGCAUUAAAUGUUUGA